UUGGCUCAAAGACGAAAAAGGGCGGUUUUGGCAAUGCUCAAGACCAAUGCUCGACAAUCUGGGAAACCGUUUUGUGUUUCCCGCGCCGCAGCCCUCCUAUGGACCACAGUCCUAUAAGAGGAACCUCUGUUGGAUCCCAUGGAAUUCCGUCAUCUCCCCCAAGCGUGUGGAGGAGGGGAACAGUGGGAUCCCAUGUCUGUGGUUUCCAGCGCCCAAAGCCGCCACGGUGAUCCUCUUCUUUCACGCAAACGCUGAAGACCUGGGCAUGUCCUUCGCCGUGCUUCGCCACGUUCGGGACCAGUUCAAGGUGAAUGUUUUGGCGGUGGAAUACCCCGGAUAUGGCUUGUUACACCACAUGGAGCCAUCAGAAGCUGCAGUUUAUGAAGUGGCCUUAACAGCCUUUCGAUUUCUGGUGGAUGACAUUGGUGUGAGAUAUUCUCAGAUCAUCCUCUUUGGGAGGUCCUUGGGGAGUGGUCCUGCUGUCUUCUUAGCUGCGCAGUACCCGGUGGGUGGUCUCAUCUUGGUCUCCGCCUUCACCUCGAUCCGAGCAGCGGUGCAAAGCAUCGUGGGUCGCGUAGUGGCAUGGACCUUCAAUGAGCGCUUUCCAAACAGCAGGAUCAUUGCAAAUGUCUCCUGCUCCACGCUCUUCAUUCAUGGAGAGGCUGAUAGUCUCAUCCCGGCUGAGCACUCUCUCCGGCUUUUCAAGCGAUGCAGAGCGAGAAAGUUACUUGUGACUCCACCAAAGAUGGAGCACAACUCCAACCUCUUCGGGGACGCCUCCUUCUUGGCAGUCCCUGCCAUCCACUUCUUCGGGUUUCCUGGCUACUACACAGCUUCCCCACCCCGGCUGGCGGCACAUCUCUUCGAAGAUCCUGCCAAGAGAGCACGAUUGCAGAAGAGCAAGCAUGAAGCGUUGUCAUCUCUGACGAAGCCUUCGUGGCUUUGUGAUUGCUUGGCCAAGGGAGAUGCACAACACCUAGACGUAACCUUCUGCCGACAAGAGAACUCUGUGGAGGACAUCACCAUCCGCUUCCAUGACCCCUCUCAGCUAGAGUCAGUGGACCCCGACUUCGGAGAUCCCAAAGGCAUCGAAGCGGACAAGGAGAUCAAGGAGGACCUCGAAAAGGCACCUCGAAGAGAAGAUGAACGAGAGGAACCUAUUGUGGAGGAGGUAGUCCCACACAAAAGUGGCUCGCAGCGUGGCGAGGAAGAGAGCUCCGUGGUGAUGUCCUACACCACCUAGGACUGUCAACUAUGUCAACAGCUCAUGCUGGGUGACAUGGGUGACGCAGCCAAUGAGUUGAGGCAAUCCCAUGAUGGGAAGCUCCAUUUCCCCGAGCUUUUGCCAGUCUGAAAAUGGAUGUUUCACCGACUAGCACGAUCCUGGCUCAG